AUGAAGGAAUCAGAUGUUAAUUUAAAAUUUCUCACUAAUUCUUACAUUGAUGAAGGGAUUGCUCUUAAAUAUAUAAGAUAAGAAAUUAAUCUGUAGAUUAAAUUAAGUUCUAAAUUAAAGAAUUGGCCAAAUUUACCAGAAUUCAUGUAGUGAAAAUAAUAGACUUAAAUAGUGGAAUAGAAAUUGAUAUGUGCUUUAACAAUAUAUUAGGUGUAAUUAACACGAAAUUUAUUGAGCAUGCAUGCUAACUUAAAAAGAAAGUUUAAUAAGAAGUUCUAAAUAUUAAAUAUUUGGGUGGAAUCUUAUUAAAGUUAUGGGGCAAGAAGUAAGGUUGA